AUGCUGCAGGACGCGCGCAAUGCCACGCCCAGCGGGCGGGACGAGAAGGCCGUCAAUGCGGACACCCCCGCAGGAACCGUGAAGCUCAGCGUGAUCGAUCUAUCGGACGAAGAGACCUCGGCGUCCUCGUCGGACGCGGAGGACCAGACUUUCGUAGGACAGACCAAUGCGAGCAGCACCAAGUCGUCGGCUGAACAGGUCCCCGCUGCCGCGAACCCGCCGCCACCGCAGGCUCCCGCCACCAAGAUCCUGUUCCUCGAUGGAAUUCGCGGCCUCGCAGCCAUGAUGGUCGUGGUCCAGCACUCUCGCGAGUUCUUUCCGGAUCUCCACCUCGGCUCGGUUGCGGUCGACGCGUUCUUCAUCCUGUCGUCGUUCCUGCUGACGUGGCUAUUCAUGAAGAAGAGCAUGAAGCUGCUGGCUCAAGGUGCUGGCGCGCGUGCGUGGGCGUUCGCCCUGGGCGACUACUUCCAGAAGCGGUUCUUCCGCGUGUACCCGCUGUUCGCCAUCACAGCGUUUGUGCUGUCGCGGCUGUCGUUCGAGAACCAGCACCGCUACUUCAUCGUGCAAAAGGCUGGCGAGGUGAACCUGAACAAGAUGCUCACGUUCGAGUUCGACCAGCGCUAUCACGUCUUCUGGACGCUGCCGUUGGAGAUCUCGUACUACUUCGUCAUCCCGCUGUUCGUGUUGACGAUGCUCAAGUUGCGGCGCUUCUGGUGGGUAGCGGCGACCCCUCUCUUCAUGUGGACCGUGUACCAGGGCUGGACCAUUAUUCGCAACAGCCACGAGUCGCUCAACCACCACCUUCACACCUUCGUCCUCGGUUCUCUGGGUGCCGUGGUGUUUGUGAAGUUCGACUUGUGGAUCAAAGAGACGGGCUUCAAGUUCCGAUUGUGGCACCUUGUACUCCUGCGAGCGGCGGAAGGUCUGAUAAUCGCCUUGAUGAUGAGCGUGAUCUUCCGCGGCUUGCUCUUCGACUGGGUCAUGAAGAACCCUGCGCCUCCUCCGAGUGGCUUCCCCUUCGUCGGCGUGUAUAUGACGGCGAUUAUCGUGAUCGAGGUGAUGCAGCCGUCCUGCGUCUCCACAAUGUUCGAGUGGAGUGUGUUUCGAUAUUGGGGCAAGAUCAGCUUCUCCAUCUACCUGCUGCACACUUUCGUCGUCAAGUACCCGCCGAUCAGCCACCAGUCCAACUACUUCAACCGCUUGUUCGCUCGGCUGUUCCUCACCAUUGCACUAGCUACUGUUAGCUACUGGCUGGUCGAGUAUCCGUCGCAGUUGACGGCGCAGCGUAUCUCGCGCUUUCUUGCAGCUCGAGAGAAAAGCGGAUCGGGAGGACUGGUGAGGUUCACGAGUAUGGAGAAGAUCAAUAUGAAAAAGCAAAGCGCGGCCGCCGAGAUGAAGUAA